UCCCUCUGAUUAUAUAUGUUCAAAUUAGCCUGCCUCAAGCUUCUCCUAAUGGCUGUCUGAACAACCACCUCAACCAGCGCCAUAAAGUUGAACGACGUACCAUGCAUCUAGCGCUAGCGGAAGGGGUCACCGUCUAGGGGGCCAUGGAGUUCACGGUGAUGCUGGCGAUGAGGGCCAUGGGCUCCCUCAUCCCCAAGCUGGAGAAGUUCAAGGACCCGGACAAGCUGCGGGAGAAUGAAGUGAAGAAUGAUGUGGAGUUCCUCUCCACGCAGAUGAAGACGAUACAGGCUGCCCUACGCAAGGUGUCAGAGGAUCAACGGGACGAUGCGGAGUUCGUCCGUAUGCGUGAGGCGAAGAAGGUUACCGAGAUUCUGUUGGCAGGUAUGGCCACACCGGAGCUCAAGGUACUCUCCGUUGUUGGGCUUGGAGGACUGGGCAAGACAACUCUUGUCAAAGUGGUCUAUGACACCCUCCGAUCGCAGUUCGAUUCCAAGGCCUUUGUCUCCUUGUCCCCAAAUCCUGACAUGAAGAGAGUUUUCAAGGAGAUGCUCCAUCAACUUGACAACAAGGAGUAUGUUGAUUUGCUGGCUGAAAGAGAACUCAUCUGCAAAAUCAGAGAAUUGCUUCAGGACAAGAGGUAUCUGAUUGUGAUUGAUGAUAUAUGGGAUCUAGAAUCAUGGGGAAGAAUGAGAUGUGCCUUGUUGGAUAGUAAUUGUGGAAGCAGAAUAAUCACGACUACCCGCAUUACUGAUGUCGCUACAACGGCCGAUAAAAGUUACGAACUAGGACCACUUUCUCCGGAUGAAUCUAGGAUGUUAUUCAAUACAAGAUUUUCCAGUGGUACAGGCACACACCCUUGUCCUAUCUUGGAUGAGGCAACAAAAAAGCUUUUGCAGAAAUGCGGUGGCAUACCUUUAGCUAUAAUCACAAUAGCUACUUUAUUGGCUAGUAAACCAAAGGAGGAUUGGUCUACGGUGUACGACUCUAUUAGCUUUGCGUACGGUGAUAACAAAGAUGUCAAGGACACGGCAAGGAUAUUUUCAUUCAAUCACUUCUCUCUUCCCAUCACUCUGAAGACUUGCCUUCUGUACUUGGCGACAUCCCACAAGAAGAAAAGAAUUGAGAGGGGCAGCUUUGUUAGAAAAUGGAUCGCUGAAGGAUUCGUGUCCGAAGAUGGGUCGUACAGUCGUGAGGAAGUGGCAAAUCGGUACUUUCGCGAGCUUGUCAACAUGAGUAUGAUUCAGCCGGUGGGGCAUGAUGACAGUCUUGGGGAGGUGACCUACGAAGUUAAGUAUGGAAUGUUCGACGAUCUUAGGCUAGUAUCUGAGCGAGAACAUUUUGUUACCUUCCUGCCAGCUGGCAAUCGUAUUUCAAAUACCUCUCUGACGGCUCCUGUCCGUCUGUCUAUCCAAUUCUCUGACUCAGAGGGUUCUAUUGGCAGUGGCACGAAAGAAAUGGAUCUAUCCCAUGUUCGAUCUGUAACUAUGUUUGGUUCUGCUCCUGCAGACUUGGUUCCAUUUAAGCAUUUGGGGUAUCUUAGAGUGUUGGAUCUAGAUGGCUGCAAGGAUUUGGACAACUCUGCUGUGGAUGAUAUCUGCCGUAUGAUCCAGCUCAAGUACCUGAGUCUGAAGCAGACGCAGGUCACUGAGCUCCCUUCACAGAUAGGGAAACUGCUUCACCUGGAGACCCUGGACGUAAGGCAGACAAGGGUGAAAGAGCUGCCCCAGGAAGUUGUUAAGCUCCCUAAACUAACACACCUUCUUUUUGGUCAAACUAGUUCACUUGGAGGUGUGAAGUUGCCGGCUGGGAGUAACCAGUUGAAAUCAGUAAUGGUUCUCGGUGCCGUCGAUUCGCGAGAAUGCUCGGCAAGUGUCAUGGAGGAGAUCAGCGAGCUGAAACAAGUAAGGGAGGUUGCACUCGUGCUGCAUGAUGGGCCUGCCGACAAGGAGCGGAAUGAUAAGCUACUGUCUUCCAUAGGCAAGUGUGCCAAUCUGCGGCUCCUGGAAAUUUAUGGUGAUUCCAGCCCCAGCGACAAGCUUCCAGCAUCCCCCAAUCUUCCUCUACUGGACGAGCUCAAGGUGGUCGGGACAUUUCUGGAAGUUCCCAGGUGGAUAGCACAGCUCAGAGCUAUUGAGAAGCUACAGAUGAAAGUAUCCAAACUAGAGCCAAAUGAUCUGAUCAUACUUGGAGGUCUGCCAGGCCUCACAAGCCUUGCACUUGCACUGGUUGGUAUCCCAAGGAAACCAGUGGCCAUUACUAGCGGUGCCGGUUUCCCGUGCCUUGAGAAAUUCAAUUUCGACUGCAGGGCGCCGUGGGUAACCUUUCAGGAGGGAGCUAUGCCAUGUCUGAAGCACCUCCAGCUAACGCUCUAUGUUUACCCAGCAGAUAAAAGCCCCUCAGGCAUCAUGCACCUUCAGGGUCUCAACAAGAUUACCCUCUGCUACUCGUCACGCUACACAAGCGCUGAGGGCGUAGCUAACACAGUUGCUGUCAUCAGAGAAGAAGCUUCUCGCCAUGGUAAUCUUAUCGAGCUUUCCAUCAAUGGCAACUAUGAGAAUUAUUUCCUCUCCAUACCCAAGGCCAAGGUUGACACCGGGACAGCUGCAACUGAAGUCAACACAAGAGUUAGCAAAGUGAUUACUGGAUCCGAAAUCGAAGAGGAGUGGUAGCUUCUGCGUGACUCCGUAGGUAUGUCGCAUAAUAGGUAUUGAUCGAAUGCUAGUUUGCGGCAUUCAUUCCGAGUCCGGAUGCGGAGAUUUUGUUUCCUGGACAAUUCAUCAAUACAACUUGUCAUCAUCGUUGGUUGCGGGUGUAUUGACGAAAAACUUGUCCUCAUUCUCUAUAUCUGUAUUGUAUUCCUGUAUCUGCUUUUAUGCUAUUUUCAUCUAUUUUCAAUUUUGGGAGAAUUAGCUAGUAUAGUGUUUCACACAAGUGCACGAAAAUGUUUUGUAAUCACGACUAAAAUUUGAUCUCACAUCGGUAUGUAUUAUCCCUGCCAUUUUGUUGGCAGAACAUCAUAUUACAAUCAGAUAUUAUGUUUGUACGUGA